CGCGCUGCGAGGACGACGUCAUCAUCAAGCCGUGCCGGAGCACCUGCGAGGCGGUGCGCAAGAGCUGCGCGCACGCCUUCGAGGGCAUCGAGAUGGCCUGGCCCUACUUCCUCGACUGUGACCGCUUCUUCGUCAGUGACCAGGAGGGGUGCUACGAUCCCCUGGCCUCGCUGAGAGCCAGGCAAGAGGUUGCUCUGGCCAGCAUCUCUCCAGAGGAGCCCUCCACGAUCAUCCAGUUCACCUACCACACCAACGCACAGAUGAUCAGCAUCCUCAAGAAGACGGCGGCGAAAUGCUCCCACAUCUCCAGGACCUACAGCAUCGGUCGAAGCGUGGAGGGGAAAGACCUGCUGGUAAUUGAGUUUUCCGAUAACCCAGGGCAACACGACCUGCUCGAGCCAGAAAUCAAAUACAUCGCCAACAUGCACGGGAACGAGGUUCUGGGCAGGCAGCUGCUGAUCUACCUGGCCCAGUACCUGUGCUCGGAGUACCUACUUGGGAACGAGCGCAUCCAGACGCUCAUCAACACCACCCGCAUCCACCUCCUCCCCUCCAUGAACCCCGACGGCUACGAGCUGGCCGCAGCAGAGGUAGAGGAUAGCAAUGAUCCGGAAAACCAGGAAGGUCCCGUGUACAACGGGUGGACCAGCGGCCGAGCCAACGCCCAGAACAUCGACCUGAACAGGAACUUCCCGGACCUGACGUCCAUCGCCUACAGCCGGCGCAGGAACAAGCGUUACCGUUCCGACCACAUUCCAAUCCCAGACUCUUACUGGUUUGGUAAGGUAGCACCAGAAACAUAUGCUGUGAUGAAAUGGAUAAGGUCGAUCCCCUUUGUCCAGUCGGCCAGCCUGCAUGGAGGGGAACUGGUUGUCUCAUAUCCCUAUGACUUUUCUAAGCAUCCGCAUGAAGAGAAGAUGUUUUCUCCUACCCCUGAUGAACAGGUGUUUAAGCAGCUGGCCAGAACCUACGCUGACGCUCACGCCACCAUGGCGGACAAUAACACGGACAGGUGCGGCGCGUCCUUCGCUGGCAAAGGGGGCAUCAUCAAUGGCGCUCAGUGGUACAGCUUUGCAGGAGGAAUGUCGGACUUUAACUACCUGCACACAAACUGCUUCGAGAUCACAGUGGAGCUGGGCUGCGACAAGUUCCCAGCCGAGGAGGAGCUGUACACGGAAUGGAAGCGCAAUAAAGAGUCUCUGCUGAGCUUCAUGGAAUCGGUGCAUCGAGGCAUAAAGGGCAUUGUGAAGGACGAAGACGGUAACGGGAUCAAAGGAGCAGUCAUUUCAGUCAGAGGAAUCAGACAUGACAUCACGACAGGUGAAGAUGGAGACUACUGGAGACUGCUGAACUCUGGCGUCCACAUCCUCACAGCCACGGCGCCGGGCUACAGCAAAGUCAUGAAGAAGGUGUACCUGCCGCCGCAGAUGCAGAAGGCCGGCCGCGUCGACUUCAUGCUGAAGAAGGCCGUCCGCGAGCCUGAGGACGACCACUUCCUUCCCACGGACACCUACGAGCGCUUCGACCCUUACAACCAGUUCGAGCGCUACUCCCUGAGCGAGCUAGGGGAGAACGGGGAAGAAAGGCAGGAAAAACCCUGGUGGUGGGCCUACUUCAGCCAGUCUGGCAAUUCGGCCCCCACCUGGCUCCUGAGGAGCUAUUAGGCUGCUGGCAGUGCCUUGGGUUCCACAAUGUGCCGCCGUCUUUGGCCAGCCUUCAGAUAA